AUUUGAAUUCAAUUUUCUUUAGAUAUUGAUUUGGAAGUAUUCUUCGAGGCAACUGAAGAUUGGAAUUCUGCCAUGACCUUGAGUAACAGUAUGGCUUUCAUCAGUCAAUUUGGGGAGGUACGUUUAAAAUCAGUUGUAGUGAAGCAUAGUUUUUGGGGGCCGAUUGAUAAUCUAAUCAUUGUAACGUUCAAUAUUUUCUAUUUACCUGUUUCGACUGUGUUUGCACCACAAACGAAUCGCGAAAUUAAAGUACAACCCUGGUGGUGGUGUAGAGGAAGUAUUGAAGUACCUCAACGAGUCCAAGAAGGCGGUUCUUGUAGCUCAAAGUGCGUUGAAGCGAAUCAUUGACACUUUGCAUCUGGAAGGGGUCUAGAUAGAGGUCGUUUUCUAUAAUUCCUCGAGUAAGAGUACCGAAACCUUGCACCAUUCUCUAUACAACGAAUACUGCUCGAGGGGAAAAAUAUUUUCCCUGCUACCUCAACUUACGACUAACUAACAACUUCUUACGCCCAAGAAUGACAGUGUGUCGUAGACAUAGUAAUGCCCAACUUAGUUUCGUUAGCAAUUGAUUAUUUAUUUUUUCUUAGCGUUACUCGUGUAUGAAAUUCAAUAUGAUCGUAAACUUAUUCGAACUGGCUUGUAGCGUAGAGAGCAAAUGCAACCUGGCUUCCGAAUCCUGCAGCAAAUCGCAAUGCAUAUCGGCAAGCAUACGCUCCGCCCUUCGAAAUGUUCAGAUCUCCAAGAUAUUCAUCUUUCACUUCAUAGUUUGGAACAGGUGGGACAGUCUGGCGCAUAAGUACUUCCACAGCGGUGACGUCCUCAAACGAAACUCCCAUUGGAUGACCAGUGUACCCUUUUGUAUUCAGAAUCAACAGCUUGGAGAGGAGUUUAUCUCCGAAGGCAUCACGCAAGGCGGCGGCCUCAUUGCCGGAGCAGCUGCUGGCACUGGAAGCAUGGGUACAAGUCUCGUGAGAAAAGUAAACUCCAUGAGUUGCGAUUUCUGCCUUGCUGAUGCCAUGGAUUAAUUCAAUGUCGGUUAAGAAACGCUUCAGUUCGGAAGCAAUGUGCUUUCUAUCGAGCGCAGCACCGUGGAACGCGGAAUUCGAAUAUUGUGUCGCAAGCAACCUUGCUUUAAUUUCAAAAGGAUUCGGGGAGUUCUUUUGCCGUUCAAGACUGCUCAAUUCGGUUUCUAAUACCAAACCGAUUCCACCUGCACCCAUAAUCAUACCCGAUCUACGCUUAUCGAAAGGAAGGGCUGCGUCCUUAACAGCGCCCUCUGUCGUUGCCGCACCGAGUGCCCGGAACCCGGAACCCAACCAUGGGAACAGAGUGUCACCAGAUGCAUUGUCACCAGCAACAACCACAACACGUUCUGCUCGUCCAGAGAUAAGCAUAUCCUGUGCCAUGGCAAUAGCUUGGGUGGUUCCGGCGCAUGCUGCAUUGGUUUGAGUAUUGGGACCUCUGCACCCUGCCAGCUGAGCGAGCUGAGCGUUUCCGAGGACGAGCACUCGGAAAAGGAACUUGCGGUCGAAUACGUACUCUUGGCUUUUCUCUCCAUCCGUUUCCCCGGCUCUAGCCAUGAGACGGGCGAAUGAUGCUUCGUCGUCCUCGGAAAGCUCUCUGUCGGGAGAGGAACGCAGCAUGCGGCUCCUCAGGGCGGUCACGAGUCUCAUCGUCGGAGCCGCACCCACCGUCUUCGAUUGUAGAAAGCGCAUGACUUCACCUACGGCUGCAUCCAUAGCAGGAAAGCUCGAGGCAUAGACAACUCCUGUGCAGUCGCGAUACUGCUCGGGAAGCAUCCACUCCUUUGAGUCAUUCGAUUUUCCACUGACCAAGCCUGCCGACUUCAGUGCUUCCAUACCGGCUGCAACCGCUACCUGUGCGGCAAUGUCCAUAGUUUCCGCAAGACCCCGGGGCACACCAUACGAUGCCGUCAGAUCAAAGGAGCCGAGCAUGCCCGCAAGCUUGAUAACUU